AUGUUUCCACUAUUUCUUCAAUUGCCCAGCGAAAUCCGACGCAAAAUAUGGCUGGCCACACUCGGCCCCAUGACCCUUACGUUUACCCAAAAGGAACCAGAACUCGAGGUGGACCAAGAGUCUGAUGUAAAUGCAGAAUUAUGGGGAGAUUGGGAACCGGGUCCGCAUGAGCAUGAGUGGAAUGCAGAUGAGGACGUUGACACUGAUGAAACCCCUGAACCACCUUCAUCCGAAUACACGGACCCGAAGAAAUUAUUUGCGAAUUAUACUCGAUACUUUGGUCAUGUGGCGCUUGCGGAUGGCAGCUCCCGUCUACAAUUUGUCGUCGAGCCAUCCGCAGCGUACCUUGCGUGCAAAGAGUCACGCGCCUUUCUCCGAUUCAUCUUUGCCGAGCAAGUAAGGCCAAACGGAGGACUGCCGAGUUGGUUUCGCUUCGACAUGGACACUAUCCGAUGUACAAAUUUCGUCUUCUACAUUAUUCGCAACCAUUCGUGGUUUAAGCAGACGCAGCACCUGAUUAUCGCCGUGGUGUUUGAGAGCUUUUUCUAUUUUGAGUUUGGUGACUGGGAUGAAGAACCCAAUGGGGACGAGUGGGAUGCUGAUUGGAUUGGAAAUAAUCUUCCCUUGCUAACCAAUAUUACGUUUGAAAUGUUGAGGGCCAAGAUGCAUGGAACGAGAAAUACUUAUAGAUGGUUGGAUGGGUGGUUUGAUGUUUUUGAGGAGUGGUAUAAUUGCAAGUAUGGCUCCGAACCGGUAUCUUUCCAUGCCCGAGUUAUUAGCCACGAAAUAUCCGAGGAGGAAUGGCUCACCCCAACCAAUUACCUCCGCGUGUAUAAGCUUGUAAGCCAGAAGCGUAAUAAAGUGUUUUUCCCAGACGAUGAUUGGAAACCACAUAUGAGGAGGAAAAUGUUAGAUAUUCUUGAGGCUACAGACGAGCAAUUAGAGAAUCUCACUGAGUUUCUCGAAAAGCAUCGCCCGUUGUGGGACGACUAA